AUGGUGCUUCCACCGGCUGCUUCCACUGGCCGAGCGGUUAAAACAAAGCAGGUGAAUUUGACAACCGGCAUCAAAAUUUUGAGAUCGCGCGGCGAAUUUGACGCAUUUUUAGAGGCGGAGAAGUCUAACCCUUCUUCUGAACUGCAAGAGGAACUUGGAGCGCUUACGGCCUGCGUCCUACACGGACAAGUGAGCAAUAUCACUAAGACCAAGCAUGCUUCUGAGGCGGCGCGUAAUCGAAUAACAGUGCCGUCUACAGCUAUGCAUAAGGAUGAUGCAAUAGAGGAUUUGGGGUUUGUUCUUCCGAAACAAUACAUCCGUUUCAUGCAAAAUCGUCAUAGCCAAAUUGGUGUGAAAUUGUCUGAAACAGUUUCUGUGCACUACAGUUUGUACAAUCAAGAUGUACAAUUCGUGGAGUCUUUUAAUGCGCGUUGCCCGGACACUCCGCUCAGUUUGGUCGAGUUUUGCCUUUUGAUGGAUUACUUCGAGAAAGGAUCUGCUAAGUGCCCUCGUGAAAAACCAUUCAGUUACGAGAUUGCCUUAUUGGGGGCACGUGAAAGUGGAAAUGCGGCACCGGCUUUUGUUCUUCACGAGGUACACGCUUAUUGGUCCCGUCGCCGUGCGGAUCACGCGUUGCCGUUAAUCCGCCAUCUUUGGCCUGUCACAUUGAUGUGGGAAUCAUCGGCAUUCCCAGUUUUCCGCCCGCGAACGAAGGAAAAGAUGCUGCUGCGUCGCCCUCGACGCACGAAAGUGGAAAGCAUUUUGCGUCUUUUCCGCAUAAUUGACGGGUUUCGUAAAGUGCUGAAACUGUUAAACAAGAUGCGCCAACGUGAUGAUAAGAAGUUGAUGGUAGCGCAAUUGGAGGUUGUCCUUUUUGAUCAGCGUUGUCGGGAGCGGGAAGAUGAGAGUUACGUCUGCCCUUUUUGGAGAAGUAUUCUGGACAACAAACGUUCCCGAGUGUUGAAAAAGAUGCGCACAGAAUCGCACAAGACGGAAAGCGCGGCAGAUCCCUUGUCUUCCAGUGUUGGUCGCUUACAGUCGUUACAACUACCCAAUCGUUAUUGGACAUCGUAUCAGUUGGAUGACUGCACCCCAGACAACAAAAGCUAUCGUUAUUUGAGAAUAUCCCGCCGUAUCGGCCGCGGUGGUCGUGUGUGGAUAGACCGCAGGUACCUUUACGAUCGGCCAUUUGCAUACGGGCGUAAGCAUCAUCGCCUGUUCUCGCUUCUAUCUGACGAUGAAAGCGGGGAUGACAUCGAAAGCGAUUAUAUUAACGUUCCCAAUCGGACAGGUAGUUUCAACGUGUAUACAAACGAUAGACGUUUGGAACGACACCCCGGGUUUGCCUGCACGUAUGAGGCUGUGCAUCCGUACAACACAGGAGGAUUGGCACAUUACCAAUUGCCGGAAUACUUGGCACGCCAACUGGAAAUUAUAAAGCUCUUGGAAGGCAUCUUACCGAGGCAGGGCGAUAGUGGUGUCCGCCGUCUGCGCGCGCCAGGAAACUAUGAAGGUUGUGCGUGA